CUUCGGCGAGACUCAGCUUUGUCAGUUUCGGAGCCAGUUAGCAGACAACGGCAGAGACUGGAGCCUUGAAGCAAAAUAAAGUUCCUGGGUUAUGUGUGGAUUUAACCACUUCAAGUCUUCCCUUCCUUCCAAGAGUGACUUCUUCUGAUCUGAGGCUUCAAGUGCUUUGAGAGAUCUACUACCAGAUCAUCUCAACUUCCAUCUCUUAGAACGACUCACUGGUGACAGUCAAAACUGCAGGGCUGCAGAACUGCUGGUGAUAAAAUCUCGAGAUACUGUGGGAGGCUCCCAGGACCGAGGCUACACUCGACUGCGUACUGGACUUUGACGUCAGCUGGAGGCAGAGUCUGUGGCUGAGUCCGCACAGUCAAAGGCCUGUGAGAAUCUGGUGGAUGCUGCUGCUGCUGCUGCUGCUCCUGCCGCUGCUGCUGCUGGUCCCGCUGCUGCUUCCCUGGGGCUUCGAAGCAUGGACUGUUAAAUUCUGCACUUCUUCUGUGUGAGCUGAAUUCUUGUUGCCAGGAUGGGAAAACAGAACAGCAAGUUGCGCCCAGAGGUCAUGCAGGACUUGCUGGAAAGCACAGACUUUACCGAGCACGAGAUCCAGGAGUGGUACAAAGGCUUCUUGAGAGACUGCCCCAGCGGACAUUUGUCAAUGGAAGAGUUUAAGAAAAUUUACGGGAACUUUUUCCCUUAUGGGGAUGCUUCCAAAUUUGCAGAGCAUGUCUUCCGUACCUUUGAUGCCAAUGGAGAUGGGACGAUAGACUUUAGAGAAUUCAUUAUAGCCUUGAGUGUGACAUCGAGGGGCAAGCUGGAGCAGAAGCUGAAAUGGGCUUUCAGCAUGUACGACCUGGAUGGAAACGGCUACAUCAGCAAGGCAGAAAUGCUAGAGAUUGUGCAGGCGAUCUACAAGAUGGUUUCCUCCGUGAUGAAAAUGCCCGAAGAUGAGUCAACCCCAGAGAAAAGGACAGAAAAGAUCUUCCGCCAGAUGGACACCAAUAGAGAUGGAAAGCUCUCCCUGGAAGAGUUCAUCCGAGGGGCCAAGAGCGACCCGUCCAUAGUGCGCCUCCUGCAGUGCGACCCCAGCAGCGCCGGCCAGUUCUGAGCCUGCGCCCCAAGAAUCGUAGAGCUGCUUGUGUUCCCUUUUGAUUUUCCUUUCUGACUUUUUUUUUUUUUUUGGCCAAAUAUUGACGGUGAUGCUGUUCCCUGUGCAGUCAGAUGCACCUUCCUCGUGACGCCUUCAGCUUCUUUUGCGGUGGACGCUUCCUGGGAACGCCCGGAGCCCCGGCGCUCGCGGAGCGCGUGUGCCUCCUGCACAGACUUUGUGGUGUUCGUUGUUCCGACGAUGUUCAAUCGUUGUUAUUCUUUUCUCUUGAUUCUAAUGUCUCUGUUCUAACACCGAAGACUUGGAGAGGCAGAAGAAGGGGAACCAAUCCGGUGCCGGGAUGAGACGGCAGGCUUCGAGGGGCUUGUUGGAAAAACAAAACUCCCCCCGGGUCUGUUGUCACGCGUGCCCGAGGGGCGAUGGCACUGGACACAGGAUUCCCCAAGUAAGAAUAAGGAAGCUUCUGGGGCCAGGCUAUUAAAGGGACCGCAGGACUUGCCCCCUCGCAGGCCUGCCUACCCCGUUCCCAGCGGGCUGCAGUUUUUAAGCUGUGAACAUUUCGAGAUAAAUUAAUAGCAAUGAGGAAAAGAUGGCUCAGCUCUUUUUUCACAGGUUUACACUAGUUGAGCUAAGAUGAGUUUCUUUGGAAAUUAAUCACAAAUGGUAACAUAUAUUCCAAGACCAGACCCAUCUUGUUGCCUCUUGUGAUUUAAAAAAAAGAAAGGAAGAAAGAAAGAAAAGAAUGCUGUAUAUAAAAUAUUGGGUAUUGCAGACCAAAUUAAGUGUUUUGCCUUGUUCAAAUAAAAUGCAUGUGUAGUGAGCACUAAUCCAAACUUAUUACAGAAGACUUUCUAGUAGCUUAUUGUGAAGUAAGCCAACUAUAAUGAACGUCUGUGUCUUGUUUUACAGUCAUAUCUGUCUUUGCACAAAUGCACCAAUCAACAGGUAUAUUUUAUAUAUUCCAGAAAAGUACCAAGUAACCAUGACUAGGGCCCAGACUGAGUUGUGAACGCUUUUCCAGAGUGGCGAUGCCUGGAGGACAGAAGCAGGGCAGGCUGAAGUGGGCUCGUGGAUUGGAGCGCCAGAGGGUCGACCUUAGGUUGAGGUGAUGGCUUGACCGCAGGCCCCGCAGCUCAUUGGCAGCCUUACGCUGGAGGCGAUCGAUAUUCUGUAGAGCCGGUGGGGACUACCUGGUGGCUGGGUCCACGUGAAUGGUUAGGGAGCCGCAUCCGAACGACUUCCGGCCUCGGCUGGCCCUACCGGGAGUUGGAGGUUGGACCAUCAUCUGAUUCAGCGUGAAAAAGCCAGGGGCGAGUGCGCCCAUGAUUUCCCAGUCCCGCUGUGGGAAAUUCAAAGGUGUUUUCCAUCACCGUGUUCUUUGAAUGCAGAUCUUUAUUUCCAGAAGCGACAGCAUAAAUUUGAGUUGCUUUUCAGUCAGGAGACCGCGUACCCACUAAAUGGAAUGAAAAGUUGAGGGUAAAAAUUGCAGGUCGCAGGGGAGUGACGACAUUUCAGUAGGCAGUAGGCACGAGGAAACCCAAACACACAGCUGCCCCAAAAGAAGGCGCAAAAGGGAGGUCCCCGGUAGGCCUGUCUGCUGUCACAGAGAGAUAGACAUCGUAAGCCCGAAAAAAAUUAUGAUUCUGAGCUGGUUCCAGCCUCCAGAUUCUUGGGUAUUACUUGAAUCCAUUUUAACGGGUAGCAAACAUCCACAUUUGCGUGGUUAACCAAUAUGAACCAAUUUUGCAGUAUGAAAUUUUGAGACCUGGACUCAGUGAAAUAAUUUUAAUUCUUCUCUGUCACUUUCUCAUAGUGUUUCACCCUGAGACUUGCCAAGUUCCUCUGUAGCCCGAGUGGUAAGAUCUAGUUUUGAAAAGUAGGGAAUUAACCUAAGACAUGGGGUGCAGAGGGGGCGAGGUGACCCCGCCCCUCUGUCCACAGCGAUCAGGAGUCACACCUAACUUUGCCCGGAUCUUGGUUCAAGAUCUAAUUCCCCCUUUAAUUCUCCUUAGAUGCUGAAGCGAGUGAAUGUUUGGGAAACCCACCGGGCUCUGCCCUUGGUCACCAUAGCUUGUUGAGCCAGCCUCGCUUGUUCCCUGGGACCUGGAGCUGGAGUGUGGAGCAGGGGGGAGGGUCUCCAGCUGUUCAGGAGCGAAAAGGAGAGCCAGACGCAUGGCUAAUGAACACCAACACACCCGGAAUGUACGGAAAUAGCCCUCAUCCUGGCCUGCCAUUGACCCUGUCUGUAUUUUCUCGGGGUUGUUUUUCUUCCCCUCCUUCUUCCCGGGAAAGCCUUUGCAUGUCUAAUCCAAUGCACUCCUUUUUGGCCGGGGAACUCUGCAGCGCCCAGAAGGCUGGAUGCCUGAAGAUUUAUGUCACUCCUGUGCCGGGCUGCUCAUUGUCAUUGCUGUGUUGAGGGACCCCUGGAAAUGAAUUCUGCUCUGUCUGAAAUUGAGCCAGGCUGUGAUGUUCAAGGGACUGGAAUAAAGUGGCUUAUAAAUUGAA